AUGGCAAUUGAAAUCCCUUAUAAGACGGAAAAUGAACCAGAAGUUGGUUUUAUUGAAUUUGAUAAGGCUAACUUUAAAACAGUUACUUGGAAAGCACCGGAAUCAGUUCCAUAUAAAGGCAGAAUAGUCUAUGUCCACGGAUUUAGUGAACAUGCUACUAUUUAUACUGAAUACUUUGAUAAAUUGUCUCAAAAAGGAUACGAUAUUUUUUUCUUCGAUCAGAGAGGAGCUGGCGAAACAUCUCCGGGUGAUCAGGUUGGUAAAACAGAUGAAGCACAUACAUUCAAUGAUUUGGACUUUAUGAUCAAACAUAACCUCGAAUUCAAAAAAGACCCAUCAGAAAAGUUCUUCUUAAUGGGGCACCUGAUGGGCGGUGCUAUUGUGUUGAAUUAUGCUAUCAAAGGUAAAUAUAGAGAACACAUCAAGGGUGUGGUUUCCUGUGCACCAUUAGUAUUGUUGCACCCUAAAACCCAACCAAAUUUUGUUGUGAGAGCACUCUCACCAUUAAUUAAUAAAUUGGUGCCUAAUUUAAAGAUAGACUCUAAAUUAAACUACGACUACAUUACUUCGAAUGAGGGCUGGAAGAACUAUAUCAUGCACCACGAUACUAAAUUAAUUGGAACUGCAAGACAAUUUUUUGACAUGUUUGCCCGUGGUGAAGCGCUAACUAAGCCUGAAUUUGUGUGUAAGUUCAAUCCGGAAACCUCUCUACUUGUAAUUCACGGUACGAAUGAUAACAUCAAUUGGAUCGAAGGUACCAAGAAGUUCUACAACUUGGUAGAUGAUAAGAUCGACAAAUCCUUCUUUAAAAUUAAAGACGGUAGACACUCCCUAUUUAUUGAAAAUGAAAUUAUUUUUAAAGAUGUUUUUGAUAAAGUUUUGACCUUCUUGAACAAUCAUUAG